UAAUCCCAUUGGCUUCUCCUUGUAGGCAGGCACACAGCCCAAACCCCUCCUCUCCUCCCCCAAAUCCACCGGCUGCGUCCCCAGAUUCGGCGACCGCCGCCAGAUUGGAGCGAGCGCGGGCUCGCUUCCCCCCCCCCCCUCCCCCUGCGCGACCGUCGCCAGCUGCAGGGACAUGGGAAUGGAGGUCGUUGGAGCUGAAGCAGCACCAGCAGAGGUCAAAGUAUCUGAUGGAGAAGUAAACCUGUUCCAAGAGAAGGAAAGUAAAGCAACUGCAAAAGAACGUGAGGAGGCAGCUGUUUUUGGUUCAGACGCAAAUGGAGCCACGAAAGCUGCUGAUCUGGCACCUCCAAAGGACGCGAAGGAGGAGUGGCCUGAACCUAAGCAAACUUAUGUCUUCUACUUUGUCAAGACACGCUCAUUCGAGGAUCCUAAGCUGAGGGCAAAACUCGAGCAGGCUGACAAAGAAUUCCAGAAGAAGAUCCAAGCUCGUUCCAAAAUUAUCGAGGCUGUGAGAGCCAAGAAGGCGGAACGUUUCAGUAUUAUCUCAGAGCUGAAGCCAUUGACUGCGGAGAACAAACAAUAUAAUGAAGUUGUGACCGAGAAGUUGAAGGAGAUGGAGCCACUUCGAAGUAGUUUAGGCAAGUAUCGUGAUGAAAACAAUGCCAUGCGAGCUCAGGGCGCAGGUUUAUGCUCUUCUAUCGAAGAGCUUGAGCAAACGAUCAAGAUGUUGAAUGACCGCAUAGUUCAUGAAAGCAUAUCUUUAGCUGAGGAGAAGCGUCUGGUCAAAGAAAUUAAGGAUCUUGAAAAAACCAGAUCAAAAGUCGUCUCUAAUGCUGCCAAUCGAGCUAAACUGCAAGAUACAGUGGUUGACAAAGAGGCCAUACAGGACCAGGUCAAAAUCAUUGGGGAGGGCAUUGAUGGAAUAAAGAAGGAGCGACAAGCAGUCAGGUCUAAGAUUAAGGUCCUGGAGGAUGAGCUAAAGGCUGUUGAUUCUGAGAUUGCAUCGCUUCAAGAAGAUUUAGAUGCAGCAACUGCCAGAAAGGACAAGGCAUAUGAAUCAUUGAUCGAAUUGAGACAAGCACGUGAUGCGAAAAAUGCGUCAUUCCAUCAAAACCGCACGGUUUUGAACAAAGCUAGGGAUUAUUCUUCAAGGAAUAUGGUUACAGAAUUACAAGAGCUCCACAAGACUGAGGUUGACAAGUUCAUGACCGAAUGGUGCAACAGCAAGGUCUUCAGAGAGGAUUACGAGAAGAGGAUUCUCUCCUCCCUCAACAGCCGACUGCUGAGCCGAGAUGGCCGGAUGAGGAAUCCUGACGAGAAGCCCAUAUUCAUCGAGUCACAGGCGCCAGCGCCACCGGCAGAACAGGAGCCUGUCCCAGUAAAAUUGCCUGCAAAACAGGCCAAGGAAACACCUGCUCCCCUAGCAGAUGAAGCUCCCAAGGUUGAAGCCCGUUCAAAAGGACCUGUUAAGUCACUUAAAGCAAAAGCUACUGUGGAUGCUGAUGAUGACUAUGAGGCUGAGCCUCCAAAGGAGAAGCAGAAGCCUAAUGAGGUUGAUGUGGCGAAAUUGAAAGAGAUAAAGAGACAGGAAGAGAUAGAGAAGAAUAGGCUUGCUUUGGAAAGGAAGAAAAAGCAGGCAGAGAAGCAAGCAGCAAAGGCGGCAGCCCGAGCACAAAAGGAGGCUGAGAAGAAGCUCAAGAAAGAGGAGAAGAAAGCGAAGAAGAAGGCUGGAGCGGCUGAUACCGAUGAGCCCUCUGAAUCGGACGCCAAGUCUGAUGAAGCCUCGGAAGCCCAAGCUGAGGAAGAAACAACUCCAGCUUCUGCCACAGUGAAGAAAGAACAGAAGGAAAAUGUCCGGUACAGAAAUGUGGUGAGCCGGAGCAAGGCCCCGCCACCGAAGGCGAUCCUGAAGAGGAAGAAAGCCCAAUCCUACUGGCCGUGGGCUGGCCCGGCCGCAGCAAUGGCCGCCGUGCUUGUCGCCCUCCUCGCGGUUCUAGGGUACUACCAGUACUACCUUCCGGCAAGCGCCAGCAACUGAUGGAGGAGAAGAUGGCCCGCGCCCUGAAAAGGGCCUACUCCAAUUUUGCAGGUGAGAGAAACCAAGCGCGUGGUCUUCUGCCUGAGACAUGAAAAGACUGGAGUGGAGGUCUUGUUGCUUUUGGUUCAGGUAGUUCUUUCUGUGGAGUGGUAGAAGAAAAUACAGUUAAUUUUGGUUGCAACCAAGAUCUAUAUAUACUGCGACUGAUAUAUUUGAAGUGAAGCGUAUAUUGCCGUC